AUGACACUGAGAGUAGCUGUCAUCGGUGCCGGACCCGCGGGUCUGGCAACGACGCGGUAUCUCAAAUGGGCCCAUCAGUUCUUUGCCAUUGAGCCUAUCGAGGUUCGGGUGUUUGAGAAGGAGGACGACAUUGGAGGGACUUUCAAGUAUCGAGUGUAUGAGGAUGCUGAGCUUGUGUCAUCCAAGUUCCUAACCGCCUUCUCCGAUCACCGCUUGCCUCUAGAUGCCCCUGAUUAUCUUACGCCAGAACGUUACGUGGAGUAUCUUAACGAAUACUGCGACCGCUUUCAACUCCGUCAACACAUUGAACUCUCAUCACCAGUGACUCGUGUACGGCGGACAGAAAAUGGAGGGCACAUCGUUACCGUAAAGCCCCGUGAUGGCGCCCCUUUCGACUACGAAUGCGACGCCGUCGCCGUCUGUUCCGGCCUCAACGUCGAACCCCGAAUCCCUCCCGUAAAAGGACUUGAAAGAGUCCCGAAGGUGCUCCACUCUUCAGAGUUCAAGACCCGAGAUCAGCUCCGGGCGAUCAAAAGCGAGAAGCCGACUAUUGUUAUCGUCGGAACGGGAGAGACCGCGCAGGAUCUUGGCGAGAUCACGGUGACGACGGAGAACAUCAAGCAUGUUGUUAUGUGCCAUCGUGAUGGCUUCAUCGUCGCGCCCAAGACCGCACCAGCUCCUGUCAUGUUUGGGUUCUGGGGCAAAGGUCAAAAGACCAGGGAGAAACCCGUCGACUGCUCGAUCGCCAGCCUCUUCGAUACCGCCUACGUUCCCUCAAGGCUGCAAUCGAGCCAAUUGUUGUGGGAUUUCUACAACCAACAAAUCGACGUCACUUUCUCUCUCAUCGGCGGGACACUCGAAGGAUGGGACCAACUGGUCGGCGGCAUGCGUCGUGAGAGGAUGCACAUUGACCACUUCUUCCCAGCCAAGUCUGCUCGAGCCAUCCCGUACAUCUCAGCCCCCUGGCGCAAGCCCCUUUCCCUAAAGGAACGCAUUCGGAGAUUCUUCUUCUACAUCAAGGAAUUCGACAUUGACCCGAAAGGCCGAUACAUCGAUGUCGCCCCGUGGCCUGAUUACGUCGACGACGAUGGUGUGAUGCACUUUAUGGACAAUGGAAGACCAGAGGCCGAGAGGAUGAAAGGAAUUACUGUGAAACCAGACUUGGUGAUAUUCGCGACGGGUUACACUCGCCGUUUCCCUUUCCUCGACGAAAGCUAUGGCACCCCUGACUCGGCCGAUGUUCGGGCUGUUUACCACAGCAAUGAUGUGUCUGUGGGCUUUGUUGGCUUUGUUCGACCUAACCUGGGGGCUAUUCCAACGCUAGCCGAGAUGCAAACCCAGUUUUGGAUCUUCCGUCUCCUUCAAUCGAAAUACCCCAACGUACCCGGUCUCGCCCCGUCACCGGACGGCCUACCCAUCGAUCCCAACGCAUUGCCCGGCUACGAUAUCGACUGGAAGCUACACCCUCGAUGCGGUCGGGAUCCGUGGGCCGAGAAGCGCGGUGUCGACCACGAAAGCUACGUCUACCAACUGGCGCUCGAUAUAGGCUCAGCCCCCCGAUUCAGUUAUAUUUUACCGAAAGGAUUCCGUGCCCUCUACACCUGGGCCAUGGGAAGCAACUUCAACUGCAAGUUCCGUCUCGUCGGGCCCUGGAAGAACGAAGAAGAGUCUCUGCGCAUCAUGCGCGGAGAGCUGUUUUACAUUGUGAAGCAGUCCGGCGGAAUGUUGUAUAUGUUUGCUAAUACCUUGAUACCCUUGUUCAUGUUCGGAACGCUGAGCGUUUCUAUUCACGCCUGGGACUGGGCGAAGAGUCUGUUCACACCAUGGAGGCGCAAAGAGGGUCAGAUCCGUCUUUCCAACUGUUGA